ACCAUUAAACAAAAAAAUGUCUACGUGGACGGAAAUGUUGGCGAACGCUGCAAUGUUUGUGAGAAUCCAAGCUUUAGCGUUUCUGAUAAUCUCCACUUCCUCCGACAUAUUCUCAUCCAAGAAGAAGACAAAGGCAACAUUUAGAUUCAAACUCUCUAGUUCCAUCAGCAUUUCCCAUUUACUUGCUUUGAUCUCCUCUCAUAAAGGCUCAAUUGAUUUCUGUUUGCAUGAACAAUUCUUUGUAUUUUCAAAACCUUGACUUGCCCCACAAAA